CCUUCCUCCACCAAACCUCCAUGGCCCCGCCGGCGCCGUCCUCCAUCCCCAUCCCCGACGAGCUCAUGGAGGAGAUCUUCUUCCGCCUGCCCACCCUGGAGAUGCUCGCCCGCGCCUCCGCCACCUGCACUUCCUUCCUCCGCGUCAUCAAAGGGCGCGUCUUCCGCCGCCGCUUUCGCGCGAUGCACCAGCCUCCCCUCCUCGGAUUCAUGGACGUGGCUGGAUUCCAGCCUGCCGAGGCGCCGCACCCCUCCGCCCCACUCGCCCACGCCCUCGGCCCGCGUGUCGCGGAUUUCUCCUUCGUCCCGAGCGCUGUUUCUUCCUCAUCCGACGUCACGCCCGACGAGGAUGGUCCCCGCUGGCGCCCUUGUGACGCCCGCGACGGUCUUGUCCUCCUCGAUUGGAUCUCCCUCAAGGCCCGCGUCGUCAACGGCUGGAGCUACUCCAAAGAUGGCUCCGAAGUAAGCAUCCUCAUGGACAGUUGGGAGCUCGUUGACUUCUGCGACGAUAGUCGCCGCCUCGCGUGGAUCAAACGGGGUCAGUGCAAUGCCGCUGACUUUCACCUUGCCGUCUGUGACCCUCUGUCCAGCAGAUAUGUGUUGCUUCCAACCAUACCUGAGGACCUGGCUUCCCAGCCGCAGGAUCACCUACGAGAAUUCGAGCCCAUGCUUGUCCCCAAAACCAGCAACGACGACGAGGAGCAGCCCUUCAAGGUAAUAUGCGUAGCAAGAUACCGAACAAAGCUCAUCCUCUUUGUCUUCCAGUCUACAACUAUGCAAUGGUGUAUGGUCGAGUCCCCUGCCCUCCCUUAUUUGAAAGACAUGUCCUGUUUUGACCGUGUAAGAGACUGCUUCUACUGGACAUGUCUUUGGUUUUGGAGUGACCAUUUGAUGGUGCUGGACACACGCACUUUGAAGUUUUCAACCGUCAAUUUUCUCACCGGCUAUCAUGUACAGCUCAGAGACACUGACCCAAGCUUUGAUUAUCGGCAUCCAAAUGCAGUUGUUGAGGGUAGGGAAGGAGGCAUUGAGAUGUUUUCUCUUUUAUGUCAACAUGGGUCCUAUUCUCUCCACCAUACCUCUCUGCGGGAUAACUCUCAUGAAUGGAAGCUGGAGAAGAUCAUACAACUACCUGGGCAAUAUAAGGCCUAUUCCAUUUUGACAGUGGGUGCAGCUGAGGGGUUCUUGUUCUUCCAAGGUGCUCCGCUUGGCAUUAAGUUUGAGAAUGUUGAUUGUUACUCAAUGGAUAUCAAAAAUUAUGAAAUUACCAAGGUCUGUACAAAGAUGGUGAAUUUCUUUGGUCGCAGACGCGCCAUCCCGUACUUUAGCUUCCCACAACUAUUAUCUGAACCAACUAUUUGAUCCACUGAUCUCAGCUUGCUCUCUAGUUGCUCUGUUCUUGCUUGGGUCAAACACCUGGAGUUGGAUGGCGAAUGUUCAAGAUGGUGUUGAUGUUGCUUAAUAAGUCUGUAUUGUGCGUCAUAUGUAUCUAUGUAAGCAAGAGAUGUUGGCAGCAAGACUCAUACCGAUGUUUGUGUUGGCAGAUUGGCGUCCAGGUUAUGUUUGUCGAGAUGGUCUAUCAGUAGCUGAGAGUGCUAGUUUUUCUCUGUAUGAGUGGAUGAGUUAGUUAAUAUCUUGUAUUAAGAUUCUUCUGAUCAGUUCAUCUACAAUGCAUGCCCAAUUUUGGAUGA